AUGAGCUCACAUCAUCAUUUGAAUCCUCCUUCAGGGGAGGUUGUUCACACCAAUCAGUUGUCUGAAAACAUUGGAUCUCUUUACCUAUCUGAUGACUACUGUGACGUUACGCUGAUCGUCGGUGGACAAAGGUUCAACGGCCACAAGCUUAUUCUGGCUGCACGCAGUCAAUAUUUCCGUGCUCUUUUGUACGGCGGACUUCGUGAAUCCGAGCAAACCGAAAUCGAGUUGAAAGAAACGACUCUUCCAGCUUUCAAGGAGCUUCUCAAGUAUAUUUAUAUCGGUCACUUGUCUCUCGUCAACCAACCCGAGGAGACUAUCUUGGAUAUUUUGAGCCUUGCUCAUCAGUAUGGAUUCGUGGAUUUAGAAAUGGCAAUAUCUGACUAUCUUAAAGAAAUUUUGGAUAUUAAAAAUGUUUGUCUUAUUUUUGAUGCUGCCCGUUUAUAUCAGCUCAGUAGAUUAACUAAGGUUUGUUACGAAUACAUGGAUACCCAUGCAAUAGAUAUUAUAAAACAUUCAAGUUUUCUUCAAUUAAGUGCUGGCGCAUUAAAUGACUUGAUAUCACGAGAUUCAUUUUACGCGCCUGAAAUUGAUAUAUUUCUUGCCGUACAAUCAUGGGUUAAAGCUAAUCCUGAGGUGGACGUGAACGAGGUCUUAGGCCAAGUAAGAUUGUCCUUAAUAUCAAUCACGGAUUUAUUGAAUAUAGUGCGUCCUACAGGUCUGGUUUCACCUGAGGCAAUUCUAGAUGCUAUAGCCGCUCGUACCAACACUCGCGAUUCAGAGCUCAACUAUCGCGGACGAUUGAUUGUUGAUGAAAAUGUUGCUCGUCCCAAUUACGAAGCCGAAGUUUUGCAGGGAGAGAUGCGAGGGUUUCUUCUCGACGGUGAUACUCUCACUUAUGACAUGGAGCAAGGGUAUUCGAGACAUGUUAUCAGUGACUUGAAAGACCAUGGAAUUGUUGUUAAAUUAGGAACGCCAAGUAUUAUAAACCACAUUAAAAUGCUUUUGUGGGAUCGUGAUUUACGCUCAUACUCUUACUACAUUGAAGUUUCCAAUGAUCAAAAAGAUUGGGUGAAGAUAAUCGAUUAUUCAGACUAUUUUUGUCGCAGCUGGCAGUAUCUUUAUUUUGAACCGCGAGUUGUAUACUACAUACGAAUUGUUGGGACUAACAAUACUGUUAAUAAGGUGUUUCAUGUAGUAAGUUUUGAAGCUUAUUUUACAAACCAUUCGGAAAAUUUAUCAUCAGGCUUCAUAAUUCCUUCAAUGAAUGUCGCAACAAUGGAAAGAAGCGCUUGCGUAAUUGAAGGAGUUAGUCGUGCAAGAAACGCGCUAUUGAAUGGUCAAACUUCAAACUACGAUUGGGACAUCGGGUACACUUGUCAUCAAAUAGGAUCUGGAGUAAUUUUGGUCCAACUAGGACAACCCUAUAUCAUUGAUUCAAUGCGAUUAUUGCUGUGGGACUGCGAUGACCGGUCAUAUUCGUAUUACAUCGAAGUAUCAGGGAAUUUAAGAAACUGGGAGCGAGUUAUCGACAAGAGUGAAGAGAGUUGCCGCUCGUGGCAAACAUUACGAUUCAGUCCACCACGUAACGUUGUUUUUAUUCGAAUAGUUGGGACACAUAACACUGCUAAUGAAGUGUUUCACUGUGUACACUUUGAGUGUCCAGCAAAACGCAGCGAAAAUGGGGAACCCGAUAAUCCUAAAUCCCCUUAUCGCAAAGGAAAGCGACAAUCAACGAGCCAGUCUACAAACACGACCGCAUCAAUGGCAUCGUCAGUUGCUUCUGAACUGAUUUCUCCAGAAGGCGGUUUCAUGUCUCUGGACGACCCGUUUAAUAAUGCCGCUGCUGGAGGCGCAGAAGCUGGUGCAGUCGGAGCUGCUAGCUUAGAUUUGUUACAAAUUUUAAAGCUUGAAUCUUCGAUAAAAAAAAUAUUACGGUGA